CUUAUUUGAAAUGCAUUUAAAACAAAAAGGACACUUAUUCAUCGUCCUUCUCAUUUACACCAUCACAACAAUAACUUUACCUGUUCAUUCAUCCUCAAACUCUGCUUUUCACGAUGAAAGAAGAAGCGUUUUAACGACUAUAGGCCUCAGAGAGCGGAUUAAACUCGACUCAAAACGGGAAAAAGAGUCGAGAAUACUCCCUUUUCUAAACUCCGAAAUCCAAAACAAGACUGGAUUCAAACUAGAAACAAACAUGGCGUCUUCUUUGAUUGGAAACAUCUUCAAAGACCGCAACAAACCGAAGCGAAGCGACCCUCCGAAUAAAGAAUGUAACGAAGGGAAAAUCGAGCUUUUCACUCCGGGAAAGUUUUAUAUUCCUGGACUACUUGAAACAAACCCGGUGGUGGUUUACCAGGCAGAUUCUGUUUCAGUUCAUGCUGAGGGCAGGUCAGAGGUCAGCGAGGAGGUCAGAGGUCAGAGGCUCAGUGCUUCAAAGGAGAGCUGGCAGAACCUGAAGCCAGUCGUGGAUUGUGGAAACGACGCCAUGACCCUCACAGUGAGGAGGAGACGAGCCGUACAACUGCAGCUGAGCCGGGGGAAUGAGUCGUCGGUGCCUCUGAGUCAGCCUCCUCCUCAGUGUGGAUACUCUGUGCAGAACACAUGGAGAGACCUCAGCGUGAUCGCUCGCUACGACGCCUGCCACGUCAAACAGGAGGAGGAGGGUUUUGUGUUACCCCUGCUGUGGAGGGGGACUCCAGUGAAGAUGUCCUGCCCGACCCCUCAGAUCCAGCCUCGGGCCUCGGGACCCUCGUCUCUCUGUUGCUCUCUGCAUGGGAUGACCCUCACUGUGCAGGGACCCCAUGCUGCUGAGGAAAUCAGGGUGAACGUCAGAGGAAAAUGGAUGCCCCUGUUGGUGUUAGAGGAGUGGUGUGGAUACACAGUGGAGAGACGAGACGCUGAGAUUAUAAUCGCUGCUCCAUUUAUUACCUGUGGCAUCACAGACGAGGAUGGAAAACACACUCUGUCUCUUCAGAUAGAAGAAAACACCUUCACAGUGGCCUGUCCUGUGUCUCCCCCUGAAGAACUCGGACCUUCCCAUCAUCCUCCUCAUCUUCAAACGGGGAACAUUCCUGAAUCCCUGGAGUCUUUUCUAUGGGCCCCACCUUUCUACUUGGCCCCUCUUAACUACCCCCACCCUACAUACCACCACAAGUACCCUCCUCUUCAUGAAUCAUCUUCCACUGCUGGGCUUUCAUUAGCUCCUGUUGAUUCGCCUCCAGACGACCCCCACCAGAUUCCUGCACAUUUCAAUAUCCCCACUCCUCAGUCAUCUCCAGAAAAUGUAGAAAAUUCACAUCCAGUGUAUCCAGAUCCGCAAGAAACUCAUGUGAUGGGCGUCUCGAUGAAGCUGCGUGCUGCUCCUUCCCCAGUAACCGUUCAAGAUGAAGCACCUUCUCUGCAGCCUUCGAGCCACGGCUUAAAUUCAUACUAUCACUACUACCACCACCCUAAAAUACCUCUUCCUGACACGACUCAAAACCCCGAUCCAGGUCCUGAGGAGCCUGGAAAACAAUCUUUUACCAAUCCUCCUCAAAACCCGGGAUUCCUAGAGAACUCCCACUUUCUUCAGCCAGUGAUGGAGGUUGCUUCUCCGCCAAUUUCCACCCUUCCAGCAUCUGCACCUCAUCCUCCACAUCCUUAUCCAUUCCCGUACUAUUACUUCCCACAUAUCGCUAGAGGCGAGGACCAAAGAUUGCCGCCUCUCGAUCCCGAAAUGACUCCAAAUUUGUCCAAAGAUCAGAAGUCGGACACCUCCGUUCAUCCUCGCUCGUCACAAGUCCACGACGAACACAACCCCUUCAAUCCAUACUUUCACUACUACCACCCUAAAAUCCCUCAACCUGGUCUACCCCAAGACCCUGAUUCAGGCUCUGAAGCACCUGGAGAACAAUCUUUAACUCAUUUUACUCAAAACCCUGGGUUCCAAGAGAAAUCUCACCAGUUCCUUCAGCCUGGACCUGAGAUGGCCUCUUUGACUUCUAGUCUUCCAGACAGUCCUCCAAAAACAUCUGCACCAGAUGCACCUCAUCCUCCACAUCCCUAUCCUUUCCAUUACUUCGCACAUAUUGGUCCAGAAGAGGCCCAAAGGUUGCUUUCUUUAGAUCCCGAAACGACUCUAAAUUUGUCAGAAGAUCAGAAUUCAAAAUCAGUUCAUCCUCGCUCAUCUGAUGCUGAGGCAACUUCUUUAACUUCUAGUCCUCCAGGAAGUCCUCUAAAAACGAAUUCACCUGAAGCACCUUAUCCUCCACAUCCGUAUCCAUUCCCGUACUAUUACUUCCCACAUAUGGCUCCGGGCGAGGACAAAGGAUUGCCUCCUCCAAAUUUGUUGGAAGAUCAAAAGUCGGACACCUCCAUUCAUCCUCGUUCAUCACAAGUUCUCGACGAACACAACCCCUUCAAUCCAUACUAUCACUACUACCACCCUAAAAUCCCUCAACCUGGUCUACCCCAAGACCCUGAUUCAGGCCCUGAAGCACGUGGAGAACGAUCUUUAACUCAUUUUACUCAAAACCCUGGGUUCCAAGAGAAAUCUCACCAGUUCCUUCAGCCUGGACCUGAGGCGGCCUCUUUGACUUCUAGUCUUCCAGAGAGUCCUCCAAAUAUAUCUGCACAAGAUGCACCUCAUCCUCCACAUCCCUAUCCAUUCCUGUACUAUUACUUCCCACAUAUUGUUCAGGAAGAGGCCCAAAGGUUGCCUCCUCUCAAUCCCGAAAUGACUCCAAAUUUGUCAGAAGAUCAAAAGUCGGACACCUCAGUUCAUCCUCGAUCGUCACAAGUCCACAACGAACCCAACUCCUUCAAUCCAUACUAUCACUACUACCAGCAGCCUGAAAUUCUUCUACGUGCUUCACAUCAAGACCCUAAACCUGGUCCUGAAGAACCAGCUUUAAGUAAUCCUCUUAACCCAGAAUUCCCAACGCAACAGUCAGAGGUUCUCCAUGGAGUGAUUUCACACCAGUUUCCUCAGCCUGUGACAGAGACUGCUUUUCUUAUUUCUAGUCUUCCAGAAAAUCCUCCAAAAACUUCUGCAACUGAUGCACCCCCUCCUCCAUAUCCAUUUCCAUACUAUUAUUUCCUGCAUAUCGCUAGAGAUGAUGUUAAAAGAUCGGUUCCUCUCGAUCCAGAAACGGGACCGGACACCUCCGUUCAUCCUCGAUCGUCACAACCCAACACCUUUAAUCCAUACUGUCACUACCACCUUAAAAUCCCUCUUCCUGGCAAACCUCAAGACACCGAUCCAGGUCCUGAAGAGCCUGGAGAACUCUCUUUAACUAAUCUUCCUCAAAACCGUGAAUUCCUAGAGAACUCACACCAACUUCUUCAGUCUGGACCAGAGGCGGAAACUUUUACUUCUAGCCCUCCAGAAAGUCCUCCAAAAGCUUCUGCAUCUGAUGCACCUUAUCCUCCACAUCCUUAUCCAUUCCCGUACUAUUACUUUCCACAUAUUGCUCGGGGCGAUGUUCAAAGAUUGCCGCCUCUAAGUCUGGAAGCGAAUCCAGAUUUGUCCGAAGAUCAAAAGUCUGACGCCUCUGUUCAUCCUCGCUCGUCACAAGUCCAUGAUGAACACGACUCCUUCUAUCCAUACUAUCAAUACUACUACCAACACCUUAAAAUCCCUCAAACUGGUCCAACUCAAGACCCCGAUUCUCAAGAAUGGUCUCCAACUAAUCCUCUAAGCUAUGAAUUCCCAGAGAACUCUGAUGUUGCUUCAAGCCCUUCAGAAAGUCCUCUGAAAUCUGCACCUGAGGCACCUCUUCCUCCAUACCCCUAUCCAUACCCGCACUAUUACUUCCCUCACAUUGCUUGGGGAGAGCCUGAAGCGUUCGUAGACCCUCAGGAGAUGCAUCCUGCGGGCAAUAUGAACUUUGAAAAAGCUUCAGAAUCUCAGCUUCCCUCUGACCUCAGUGGGUUGGAUCAUGCCGCUGAAGCAGGAUUUCCCAGCAUGCCUCAGCAGCUUCGUAGCCUCAAUCCAUAUUAUGUCACUCAUCAACAGCAAGUUGAUGCGUUUGGGCUUCCUGAUGGAGAGGAAGUGGGGAAGAGGAUGGAUGGUGAAAUGAAAGACUGCACAUCGGGGCAGCAUUUGAUCUUCGUGGUGCCGGACUCUGUGUUGGACCACAGAUCUGAGAUCUCUCCUGCCAGGUUGAUGGUGCAGUGUAGUUCCUCUCCGGGCUCUCCAGGUGAAGAGAGGCUCCACGUGAUGAAUCCUCCUCUUCCUCCUGUUCAGUCUCCAGUCUCCACCGUCACUGUGCAGCUGAGAAUCGCCACAGACGAGUCGUUCAGCAGCUUCCACCCUGAGGCUCACCUUCCUCUCAGCGUGAUUGGAGGAGGAUCUGUUUACCUGCAGCUGAGCCUUCAGGACCCCCCCGCCCCCCACCUGCUGCUGCUGCUGCUGGUUCACUCCUGCCUGGCGUUCACACACGCACCGUACAGCAGCUGGAGGUUCGUCUACGAUGGUUGUCGUGGUGAUUCCCAGCUGCUCCCUCCCUCUCGCUCCGACCCCCCCCCCACCCAGAGGAUCCUGAUCCCUGCCCUCCAGUCUCUGCCCUCUGAAAGCCCCCCCCCCCUGACUGAAGGAGGGUCCUCUCACCUGCAGGACCCCGAGAUCUCCUUCAUGUGUUUGACAGAGGUGUGCUAUGCUGCAGAUGUUAACUGCACCAUAAGCUGCGUCCACAGUCCUGACAGUGACAUGUGAGAAAUGAAAUAAACACUUUUACACACCUGCAUUCUGGUUUUGUUUCAUGGAAAUAACAGAAACACAAGUCUUGGUGAAGAAAAGGGGAAAAGCCCAGUAUGGAAUAUUUAUUAGAAAACAUAUAGUGCAAAAAACUACUGUGCAAAGAGAAGGACAAGCAAUACUAAACAAGACACGUGAUGCAUUUGAUCACAAAAAUGUUUGCAGGCACUUGAAGGAAUACAAAAUGUGAAUAUAAUUGUCAUUAAUGAAAUGGUGUUUCCCUUUGAACCAAAGCAGUGUUUACAGGAAGGCAGCAUAUACACUUAGUUUAUACAGUAAGAUUAACAGCCUCUUACAGUACCUGACGACUGAUGUCACACUCAAAAAGGUCCUUUACUUUAUUCAAGUUGAAUCCUGUGGUCCUCCUGAUGCACAAUCACGUAAAAAAGAAAUGUUAUGGAAUGCAAAACUAUUGAAAAAUCAAAACAAUUCCCACUUUAAGGUGUCGACAGGGACAUAUACGACCCGACCUUACGUAAACAUUUCAUAUUAUCUAAAUGGAAUUUACAGAACAUGCUCCCUUUCUCAUUUAUGCAUACAAUAUUCAUUAAAAACAAUAUUUCCAGUGGCUCAGUGAGUAAUUACCUCUUCCACAAAAACGUUAAAAGCAUUGGAGGAAAAAAACAUGGAUACAAAAAAAAAGUGUAACAGGUAUGGAAUCUAUCUCCUCCUACAGUAUCCCAUACUCUUCCUCACAGUUUGUUAUUAAACGGAUGUGUCACAUUAUUUAUCGUAUGUCCACGAUGAUGAAGAGGCCUGUCCGUUCAUAGAUGGAUGAAUAAUAGAUCAUUACACUCAACAUCCAUUCCACUAAGAUACUGCAUGAAAAUACAAAAGAAAGGGCACAAUAAAAUAUUGAUAAUUGUCAACAGCUAGGAAAAUAAAUCAGUUUUCUGCUGGAAUCAGCAUCUCUGACAGAAAGUAGUAAUUAUAAUAAAAAUCCCUGGCGUUUAUUUCCUUUUAUUAAACCUCUCUAUCAUUAAAAUGCUCUCUGGGUUUAUAAUGGCUGUAAAAUAGCCGCCCACUGCUCCUAGUUCUAGGAUGGGUUAAAUGAGGUCACAUUUCACUGUGUGUGCUGUGCUCUGCA